CCUGAAGUAAACGUUAUCUGUCAGGUUCGAUUGAAUGAUUUUUACAUAUCCACCUCUUUAACUAACACUUUUAAUACAUUAUUUACUUUAAGAUUUAAUAAGCGGAAACAGGCCGGAAUAAAAGCCGAUAUCUGGUUGAUAUGUGUAAUCAGUAAUCGAAGGAUCAAUGAGCUACAGAGGGAGCUGCGUACUACGAAGGAGAAAUGGCACUUGCUACUUCCUCCUUCAAAUCUCUGGCAGAAACCAGUGCAAUUCUUUCUCCAACAGAACUUUCUGUUCUCAGAAAAGUCCACCACAUAAACCGGUGGCUGAUCAGGAGCAGACAACGUCUGCUUUGAACACCGUGACCGAGCUUGCAAAACAUUGGGGACACAAUACUGUUAAAACUGCUAGAGCUACUGUCAAUUACUGGUGGAAAAAGUAUGAAGAGUUUGUUGGCCUUGAUGAGGUGCAAGAUGCUCAGUCUAAGGUUGCAGAGGCUGAGAAGGCAUUCAUGGUGGCCAGGGGAGUGGUUCGUGAGGCUCAUUUGAGUUUGGAGGCUCUUCAGGUGAAGCUUAAAGAGGUUAGAGAUCGCCUGGAUCGGGUAUCAAGAGAGGAGGCACAUUAUCUUGAAUUAGCAACACUGGAACACAGGUUACUUCAGGAAGAACGGCGCCUGAAAAUGGCUUACGAAAAUGCAGAGGAAGGAGAGAGGGAAAAAUUUGCACUUUUCUCCGCUGGCGUGCGUGAGAGUCAUGAGAAGGAGCGGUCACGGGCAGAACGCACCAAGAACUGGUCCAUCAUUGGCUCAAUAAUGGGUGCCAUUAUUGGUGUCAUGGGGUCCACUUAUAUCAACAGGGUGCGUCUCCAGGAGCUGAAAAGCUUACUCCUGGAGGCGCAGAAGGGACCAGCGAGUCUACAAGAAGCUAUUAAAGUCCAAGCCGGUUCUCACAAGAGCCAGCAAGAGGAACUCCGAGGCCUCAUAGACGCGCUAAAGGUAGCCGUUACUAAUAGAACAGAUGAGAAGCCUGUAUCUGUCCCCAUAGCAGCCAUAGCAGAUGUAAUACUACCAUCAAAGUCCAGCAUGUCAGAAGAAGCCAUUAAAGAGAUGCUUCUGCACAGCCAGAGAGCUCAGUCAAACAUGGAAGAUCUCAGGCCACAGAUGGAGCAGAUCAGGCAGAGUUUAGGGAAGAUGGCGACCGAGCUUCAGGCUGUGAAGAAAUCCAUCUUGGACCGUCCUGUGGAAAAACCGAUUAUUCAGACAAAAGAUACGCCGCUUUUAGUAUGUGAGACAGAGAGUGUCAUCCAAGGACUGGACCAAACAGAGAAAAGACUGGAGGCUCAGAUUAACAAGUCUACUCUAUACAACACUAUUCUUACUUACACAGCGUUUGCUUUAUCUAUGCCAGUGCUGUACAUUAUCUUCAAAAGUACAUGACCUCAGAUUUUAAAGUACUAUAAGAACUGUAUGUUGGUGCUUAGGAGUUAAGAAUUAAAAAAUUAAACAUGAA